AUGUCGCAAAAAACUUUAAAAAUACAAAUGAAAAAUUACGAAAAAGACAAUUUGAUAAGGGAUAAGACCAGGAAUACUAUAAUAAAAAUUGGAGGAAUUUGCACAUUAACGAAGACUCAUUCAUUGGUACUUGAUAGUACCACAGGACAAGUAAACAGACUCAAAAUUGGAAACAAUGGUUAUGAUGGAAUUGGAUCAAUCAAAAUUGAAGAUGGAGCAAUUAAAUUUAUAGUUAAAUGUGUAUGCAAACAAACCCCAACAGAUGUAUCAGCAUUGCAAGGAGUUUUGACGAGAUAUCCUGAUCAUAUCGGAUUAAUGGUAGUUGCAACUCAAGCCCUUGAAGAAGUUAAAAAUCUGGCAAAAAUUUCUGAGCAAACGAUUUUAGUUAUUGAAUUUGUGGACUUAAAAAACUUGAAAGAUAUACUUACUAAAACAGAAAUUAUUACUAAAACGAUUAUUGAAUGUCAUACUGAAGAAACGAUAUAUAAAGGAUAUAAGAGAUACCAUAAAGGAAAUUUGAUUGAGGAAGCAAGAGAAAAAAGAAAAGUAAUAACCAUACAAAAGAAACACACGGGAGUGUUACGUUCAAAACCAUUUAAACGUAUACAAAAUUCAACAAAAAGGGUGAUUUCAAAAGAUAAAAAUUAA